AGCAGUAGGGAGAGAGUGAAAAAACGGGCGUCUGGGAGAAAGAAGAUAGUGGCAUCGGCUGGGGGAAUUGCAUUUUAAAAAUAUUUACAUCUUAUUUACUGAAAAAAUAUAUAUUAUGGGGGACCUAUGAUGAGGAGAUCUUUGCUCCGCUCCAGGUGACAGACUGAAUCAUGGCUCAGUUUCCAACACCCUUCACAGGGGGCCUGGACACCUGGCUCAUCUCUGUAGAUGAACGGGCCAAACAUGACCAGCAGUUCCACAGCCUCAGCCCCACCCCGGCUGGCUUCAUCACAGGUGACCAGGCGCGGAACUUCUUCCUGCAGUCGGGCCUGCCGCAGCCAAUCCUGGCGCAGAUAUGGGCUCUAGCGGACCUGAAUAACGACGGUAAGAUGGACGCCCACGAGUUCUCCAUCGCCAUGAAGCUGAUCAAGCUGAAGCUGCAGGGGCACCCCCUGCCCCCCUCACUGCCCCCCGCCAUGAAGCAGCCGCCCCUGCCCCUGCCCUCCGCCCCGCCCUUCGGGAUGCCAGGUCUGCCAGGAGUCCCCCCUGUGCCCUUAGCUCCUCUCCCAGGGGUGGGCGUGUCUCCCCCCCUCAUCUCCUCCGUGCCCCCGCCCGCCGUGCCCCCCAUGGCCAACGGAGCCCCUCCCAUGAUCCCGCCCCUCAGUGGCUUCUCACACCCAGCCACUGCUCUCAAUAAGAGCUCCUCUUUCAAUCGCUCCAGUCUGAAGCAGCAGAAAGGCCAGUCCUUUGAAGCGCCCAGCUCGGCAGCGCCCCCUCCUGACUGGGCAGUUCCUCAGUCAUCCAGGUUAAAAUACCGGCAGCUCUUCAACAGCCAUGACAAAAUGAUGAGCGGCCAUCUCACAGGACCACAAGCAAGAACCAUCCUGAUGCAGUCCAGUUUACCACAACCCCAGCUAGCAUCAAUUUGGAACCUGUCGGAUAUCGAUCAGGACGGCAAACUGACAGCUGAGGAGUUCAUCCUGGCCAUGCACCUGAUCGACAUGGCCAUGUCCGGCCUGCCCCUCCCCCCUGUGCUGCCCCCCGACUUCAUCCCGCCCACUUUCAGAAGAGUCCGCUCGGGCAGCGGGAUCUCGAUGGCCAGCCUGCACGCGGCUGAGCAGCGGGUACAGGAGGAGCCGGAGGAGGAGGAGCCGCAGAAUGCAGAGAGAAAGCUUCCAGUGACCUUCGAGGAUAAGAAGCGGGAGAACUUUGAGCGGGGGAACCUGGAGCUGGAGAAGAGGAGGCAGGCCCUGCAGGAGCAGCAGAGGAAGGAGGCGGAGCGGCUGGCUGCUCUGGAGCGGCAGGAGCAGGAGAGGAGGGAGCAGGAGCGGCUGCAGCACGAGAGACGCCGGCUGCAGGAGCUGGAGAAACAGCUGGAGAAACAGAGAGAGCUGGAGAGACUGAGGGAGGAGGAGAGACGCAAGGAAAUCGAGAGGAGAGAGGCAGCGAAGCGGGAGCUGGAGAGGCAGAGGCAGCUGGAGUGGGAGAGGAGCCGGAGGCAGGAGCUGCUGACCCAGAGGAGCCGUGAGCAGGAGAGCAUCGUGCUGCUGAAGGCCCGCAAGAAGACCCUGGAGCUGCAGCUGGAGGCGCUGAACGAUAAGAAGCAGCAGCUGGAGGGGAAGUUGCAAGAUCUGCGUUUCCGUCUGUCUGCGCAGAGGCACGAGAUCGAGAGCACCAACAAGAUGCGUGAGCUGCGCAUCGCUGAGAUCACGCACCUGCAGAGGCAGCUGCAGGAAUCACAGCAGUGGCUUGGUCGGCUCAUCCCUGAGAAGCAGUGUCUGAACGAGCAGCUGAAACAGGUCCAGCAGAGCAGCCUGCACAACGACUCCCUGCUGACCCUGCGGAAGGCUCUGGAAGUGAAGGAGUCCACCCGGCAGCAGCUCCGAGACCAGCUGGACGCUCUGGAGAGGGAGACUCGGUCCAAACUGUUGGAGAUCGAUGCCUUCAACAGCCAGCUGAAGGAGCUGAGGGAGAUCCACAGCAGGCAGCAGAGGCAGAAGCAGAAGGAGCUGGAGGAGGAGCUGGGCCAGGUGCAGGAGUCUGAGAGGAAGGGGGACCCGCAGGAGGACAGGCUGGAACCUGUGCAGGAGGGGGUGUCAGUGGCUUGGAAGGGGGAGGGUGUUUCAGAAGACCCGCCCCCAGCUCCGCCCCCUCAGCCCUGGAUGGCACGCGUGUCAGAGGAGGAGGGGCCGAGCAGGAAGGAUGUGCGGGACAAACUCAACAAGCUCUUCCUGCAGCAGCCUGACCCUGUGACCCCUGCCACGCAGUCCCCCUGGCCCACAGAGAAAGUUCCGGUGAGCGGGUUUAACCAGGACAAGGUGAAGGUGGUUUUCUACCGGACGCUGUACCCGUUCGAGGCGCGGAGCCACGAUGAAAUCACCAUCCAGCCUGGAGACAUCGUCAUGGUGAAAGGGGAGUGGGUGGAUGAGUUGCAGACGGGCGAGCCAGGUUGGCUGGGUGGGGAGCUGAACGGGAAGACGGGCUGGUUUCCCGCUAACUACGCUGAACGGAUGGCAGACACGGAGGUGCCCUCCAGCCUGCGCUCUGCAGCGGGACCGGGAGCGGGGUCCGCCCCCAAACUCGCUGCCCGCCCCACCCCCACCCCCGCCCCCGCCGCUGCCUCUGCCGCGCUCAGCUCCGCCCCCACGCAGCCCCCGCCGCCGGAGGCCCCGCCCCCGACCACGCCCGCUGCCCCGCCCGUCCCACCGGCCUCCACAUCCUCUUCCUCUUCCGGCAACUGGGCGGACUUCAGCACCACGUGGCCCUCCACAGCGGGGGAGAAGUCGGAGGGGGACGGCUGGGACUCGUGGCCCACGCAGCCCUCCCUCUCCGUCCCCACGGCCGGACCGCUCCGGCAGCGCUCCGCCUUCACCCCCGCCACUCUCACCGGCUCCUCCCCCUCCCCGGUCCUGGGACAGGGGGAGAAGGUGGAGGGUCUCCAGGCGCAGGCUCUGUACCCCUGGAGGGCUAAGAAGGAUAACCACCUGAACUUCAAUAAGAGCGACGUGAUCACGGUGCUGGAGCAGCAGGACAUGUGGUGGUUUGGGGAGGUGCAGGGCCUGAGGGGCUGGUUCCCCAAAUCCUACGUCAAGCUCAUCUCUGGCCCCCUGCGGCAGUCCAUCAGUGUUGAGUCGGGUCCGUCUGAGAGCCCCCCUAUUGUGAAGAGGCCCAGCCCCUCCCCCAGCAAGCCCCUGGAGCCUGGGGAAGAGUUCAUAGCGAUGUACACGUAUGAGAGCAGUGAGCAGGGGGACCUGACGUUCCAGCAGGGCGAUGUGAUCACCGUGCUGAAGAAGGAGGGGGACUGGUGGACCGGGGCGGUGGCGGACCGGACCGGGGUGUUCCCCUCAAACUACGUCAAACCACGGGACUCUGAGGGUCUGGGGUCUGCUGGGAAGACUGGGAGUCUGGGCAAAAAGCCAGAGAUCGCGCAGGUGAUCGCCCCCUACAGUGCGACAGGGGCGGAGCAGCUCACGCUGGCUCCCGGCCAGCUCAUCCUCAUCAGGAAGAAGAACCCUGGAGGCUGGUGGGAGGGAGAGCUGCAGGCACGGGGGAAGAAGCGCCAGAUUGGAUGGUUCCCAGCCAAUUACGUGAAGCUGUUAAGCCCCAGCACCAAUAAGACCACACCCACAGAGCCCAUACCCCCUAAACCACCAGUGCCCAGCGCAGUGUGCCAGGUGAUUGGCAUGUACGACUACAUCGCCCAGAACGAUGACGAGCUGGCCUUCGGGAAGGGCCAGAUCAUCAACGUGCUGAGCAAGGAGGAUCCCGAUUGGUGGAAAGGGGAGCUGAACGGAUCCGUGGGUCUCUUCCCCUCCAACUACGUCAAGCUGACGACCGACACUGACCCCAGUCAGCAGUGGUGUGCUGACCUGCACCUGCUGGACAUGUUGACCCCCAUGGAGAGGAAGAGGCAGGGCUACAUCCACGAGCUCAUCGUCACCGAGGAGAACUACGCCAACGACCUGCAGCUGGUCACUGAGGUCUUCCAGAAGCCGCUGCUGGAGUCGGAGGUGCUGACAGAGAAGGAGGUGGCCAUGAUCUUUGUCAACUGGAAGGAGCUCAUCAUGUGCAACAUCAAGCUGCUAAAGGCACUGCGGGUGAGGAAGAAGAUGUCAGGUGAGCGGAUGCCGGUGAAGAUGAUCGGGGACAUCCUGACUGCGCAGCUGCCUCACAUGCAGCCCUACAUCCGCUUCUGCAGCUGCCAGCUCAACGGCGCCACGCUCAUCCAGCACAAGACCGACGAGCUGCCCGACUUCAAGGACUUCGUCAAGAGGCUGGCCAUGGACCCGCGCUGUAAAGGCAUGCCUCUCUCCAGCUUCCUGCUCAAACCCAUGCAGAGAGUCACCCGCUACCCCCUCAUUAUUAAGAAUAUCCUGGAGAACACUCCGGAAAGCCACCCGGACCACAGCCACCUGAAGCAGGCCCUGGAGAAGGCGGAGGAGCUGUGCUCUCAGGUGAACGAGGGCGUGAGGGAGAAGGAGAACUCGGACCGGCUGGAGUGGAUCCAGGCCCACGUGCAGUGUGAGGGGCUGUCCGAGCAACUAGUAUUCAAUUCUGUGACCAACUGCUUGGGGCCGCGGAAGUUUCUGCACAGUGGCAAGCUGUACAAGGCCAAGAGCAACAAGGAGCUGUACGGCUUCCUCUUCAACGACUUCCUGCUGCUGACACAGAUCAUAAAACCCCUGGGAUCUUCAGGCUCAGAGAAGGUCUUCAGCCCCAAGUCCCACCUGCAGUACCGCAUGUACAAGACUCCCAUCUUCCUCAACGAGGUUCUGGUUAAGCUGCCCACCGACCCAUCAGGAGAUGAGCCCAUUUUCCACAUCUCCCACAUUGACCGGGUCUACACCCUGCGGGCCGAGAGCAUCAACGAGAGGACAGCGUGGGUGCAGAAGAUCAAAGCGGCAUCAGAGCUCUACAUCGAGACGGAGAAGAGGAAGCGGGAGAAGGCGUAUCUGGUUCGCUCUCAGAGGGCCACUGGCAUUGGGAGACUGAUGGUGAAC